CUCAUCCUAUUUAUAUUGCUCUACCAAAGGCACAUUACUCGCAGAAUCACAAAAACAUCAAGCUUCAUAGUAUCGUAAAAGACACUUACCACCUAGUUCUCUUCCAUCGGCUUGCACUCAUGGCUUCUCCUUCGCUUUCUACUUCUACUUCAUGUAGUUCGUUGGUUCUUUUUUCCAUUUGGGCAUGCUCUUUAAUGGUUGCUUCUGCUGCUAACUUCAACCAAGAGUUUGACAUCACUUGGGGCGAUGGCCGCGCCAAAAUACUUAAAGAUGGCGAACUUCUAACUCUUUCCCUGGAUAAACUAUCUGGCUCAGGUUUCCAAUCCAGGAAUGAAUACUUAUUCGGUAAGAUAGAUAUGCAGAUCAAGCUUGUUCCUGGAAACUCUGCUGGCACCGUCACUGCAUACUAUUUGCGGUCAGAAGGGUCAUUGUGGGAUGAAAUAGACUUCGAGUUCUUGGGUAACCUAAGUGGCAAUCCUUACAUUGUCCACACUAACAUAUUCAGCCAAGGCAAAGGCAAUAGAGAGCAGCAGUUUUACCUUUGGUUCGACCCCACUGCUGAUUUCCACACCUAUACCGUUCUCUGGAAUUCCCAACGCAUAAUAUUAUCGGUGGAUGGCACUCCCCUUAGAGAGUUCAAAAACAUGGAGUCGAUUGGUGUUCCUUACCCAAAGAACCAACCGAUGAGGUUACAGUCUAGUCUAUGGAAUGCCGAUGACUGGGCCACAAGAGGUGGGCUUGUCAAGACUGACUGGACGCACGCUCCAUUUACUGCCUCCUACAGAAACUUCAAUGCGGAUGCUUGUAUACGGUCUUCUGGGGCGUCAUCUUGCAGUUCAAGCUCCUCAAGUAACGAUGCUUGGCUCUCAGAGGAGUUGGAUUCCACGAGUCAAGAAAGGCUUAAUUGGGUCCAGAAGAACUACAUGAUUUACAAUUAUUGCACAGACACAAACCGAUUUCCCCAGGGUCUCCCUCCAGAAUGCACUGCCACCAAUUCAUCCUAGAUAAAAGCUAGAUUAUUUUACUUGAUUUUUCUUUUUUGAAAUAUUAAAUUAUUUAUUUCCUUGUAAUUUUAUCUCCACAUAAGCAAUUAGUUACUAUUUUUAUCGUUUGAAAUGGCAAUAAUUUCCUUUUGAAUUAUUAA